CCCUGGUGCCAUUAGUCAGUCGCAACGCCAGGGGGAGCUAGUGAGAGAUAUUGCCAGGGGUGAGGCGUGAUAUCGCUGGUACAACGCAAAAAAAAAAAAACAAAAAAAAACCAGCGCACAUAUCCUUAUACCUGUAGCACUAGGAAAAAUUAUAGCGUCAAGCCUGAUAUCUCAUACUAUGAUGGACAAUGAUUUUCGAAAUCUUAUUCGGCGGUUUUAUGAGUUACAAGCGGAACGCGUGGAGACCUAUCAGAUGUUUGAAGACCCUUGUAGCUCCAGAAUUUCCGGCAGCACAAUUCAAUGCAUGCCUCUAUGGAGCUGCAAGGGUUAAAUUACUUUGCUUUCAGGGGGCACCAGGCAUAUUUGAAAUCAGGCCCACACUAUGACUUCAUCAAAUACCGACAGCUAGUCCAUGAGAUCACACUGGCCUUCAAUGGUAUCAGCAAAGAAGUCAUUCAGAUAAAGGAUCGAUUUCGGGAAGUGUAUGAUCGCUCAGAUCUCUCAGAACAUCUGGAAAAAAUACAGGAAAUGGAAAAAGACAAGUUAGAAUUGACAGCCAGAUUACAGAUAGCCAAGCAAAAUGCCCAGGAUCAUCCUAGUCAGGAAACAUACCAGGAAGAGAUGCAAGUUUUAAGACAUAAGAUAAUUAAAAGCGUGGAAGCAAUCAGCGAAGUACUGCAAGACUUCAAGUAUGACUGCGAAGAAAUACAAUGAGAUUUCACCAUUUGGAAUCCACACAAUGGAAACUGUAUCUUGGGGCUGUAAUAUUUGAUUGUAUUACAAAGAAUCUGGGUUUAAAUAUUUUUUUACUUCUACAAUCCGACAGAUGUAAAUUUGCAGCCUCUUAUUAAAGAAAAAUGAUAUGCAUGAUCAAUAGAAUUUCCAUUUGUCCCUUUAAUGAAUUUAGAAAUAUUAUUUGGUGUGGUGCCAUUAAAUAUAAAAAAGGAAAGUGUGCCAUAGUCAGACCAUUUCAUGGAUAAUAAUAAUAAUCAUAAUAAUAGUAAUACAUGUCAGGUGAGAAUAUCCCCUUUAAACUAUACUUGACACCACACCCAUGCCAUAAAUAAGGAAAUAAAAUGAUGUUUUGAAGUGA